AUGAGGUUUCUAAUCUCGCUGUGCGUGUCACUUCUGCUGUUUAAUGGUGAAUUGAUCAAUGGACAAACAUCUGCAACUACAACUUCCAGCUCUGAUCCAUGCUAUGAUUAUAAUAUUCUUGAUGACUACUGGAGAGACAUAAGCCAAAAUCAGUACCAAUACUAUGGAUAUGAUGACACCCAUGUUGAAUGGAGUGGCUGGUAUCGGCUGUAUUUGAACGGAGAAAGUGCUCAAAUGUCGGAGUGGUGUGUGAGUGGUGUGGGAUGUGGUGGUUAUACUGGACUGUAUCUAAAUGGUUCUCAUCCACGACUUGAGGAUGGAGUGGUGACCCGUGAAGUCAUGGGGACUUACAUAUGGUGGUAUUAUUCCAGCCAGUGUGGCAACUACAGAUCCAACUCCAUCCAAGUCAAAGCCUGUCCUGGAGAUUAUUAUGUCUAUAAACUCGUCAAGCCAGAUGUGUCAAUCAACAUGCCUACAUACUGUGCAGUUGCUUUCAAAAGCAUCAGUAAUGAUCCAUGUUACAACUAUGAGUCUCUGGACCGUCCCUGGAGAGCCAACAAUGAAAGUGGCUUGUAUAUUGGUGAUGCAUCUUUCUCCUGGAAUGGCUGGUAUCGGCUUUUCUACAAUGAAAUGAACAUCCAGAUGCCAGAGAGCUGUGUUAGUUCAUAUUUGGGCUGUAAUUCUUACAUGAGUCUGUGGCUCAAUGGCCCUCACCCUCAGAUAGAGGAUGGAGUUGUGACCAGAGAGGUCUGUGGGGCGACUUAUUGGAGUGAAUGCUGUUAUUACAAGUCACAACCCAUCAGAGUGAAAGCCUGUCCAGGCAAUUAUUAUGUAUAUGAACUUGUGAAACCACAAUACUGGUAUGCGGGAUACUGCACAGAUGUCAGCACUAUAUCACAGACGGUUUCCUCUACAAGUCCAGCUAUGAUUACUGGAUCCAGCAUCACCUUGGUAGACCCAUGCUAUAACUACAACACUCUUGAUAACUACUGGAGAGACACACACAAUUACUGGUAUAUGUAUGGAUAUUUAUCUGGAUAUGACGACACUCGUGUAGAAUGGGAUGGCUGGUAUCGACUCUUCAUUAAUGGAUCAAGUGCUCAGAUGCCUGAGUGGUGUGUGACUUAUAUGUCAUGUGGAGGUUAUAGUGCUCUGUGGCUUGGUGGCUCUCAUCCUCAUAUAGAAGAUGGAGUUGUUACUCGGGAAAUCUACGGCUCAGUUAAUGACCAGUGUAAUAACUACAGAUCCAAACCCAUCCAAGUCAAAGCUUGUCCUGGAAAUUAUUACGUCUACAAAUUUACCAGACCAAAACUAUCAAUCCCAGCUCCUGUAUAUUGUGCAGUUUCAUACACCAUGCCAGCUGUUGACCCCUGCUACAACUAUGCCAGUCUGGAUGAGUCUUGGAGAGCCACUGACAAUACUUACUAUAAUAACUACUACUACUACAAUAUAAUGUGCGAUUAUAAUGUCAACUGGAAUGGUUGGUACAGGCUCUUCUACAAUGGUCAGAGUAUCCAGAUGCCAGAUUCAUGUGUAAAUUAUGGCAUGUGUGGCACUUAUUACCCACUGUGGCUCAAUGGCACUCACCCUCAGCUGGAAGAUGGAGUGGUCAGCCGGCAAGUCUGUGGUUCCGAUGGGAAUAAUUGCUGUGGUUACAGAUCUCAUCCCAUACAAGUCAAAGCCUGUCCUGGAAAUUACUAUGUUUAUGAGUUUGUCCGGCCAAUAUACUGCUCAGCUUACUGUGCAGAUGUCACAAGUCUCAAAAACUCAUCAUAUUCUACAACAACAGAGACAAUCCUUCCAGUAGGAUCCACUCCUGUGCCCAUCACAACCACUGAGACUAUCCCAGUUGACCCCUGCUCCAAUUACACUUUGCUGGAUGAUCCUUGGAGAUCCACCAACAAUCAAUAUUCCUCUCAGAUAAUGUGUGACACUUGGGUCAGCUGGAGCGGCUGGUACCGUCUCUUCAUUGAGGGUCAGAGCGUUCAGAUGCCAGACACAUGUGUUGUUAUGUGGAGCUGUGGAACUCAUGCCCCACUGUGGCUAAACGGUCAACACCCAAGAGUUGAGGAUGGAGAGGUCUCCCGAAAUGUGUGCGGUCACUGGAACAAUGACUGCUGUUUUUUCCAAUCCAAUCCCAUUAAAGUCAAAGCCUGCCCUGGAAAUUAUUAUGUCUAUGAGUUUGUGACACCAACUACUUGUAGUUUGGCAUACUGUGCAGAUGCUAGCAACAUUACCCAGACUACUGUGAGACCAGAGACAACCACAACCCCAGAAACUACAACCAUGGAGAUAACGACUGUGUCUACAACUCCCAGCUCUGACCCAUGCUAUGAUUAUAAUAUUCUUGAUGACUACUGGAGAGACAUAAGCCAAAAUCAGUACCAAUACUAUGGAUAUGAUGACACCCAUGUUGAAUGGAGUGGCUGGUAUCGGCUGUAUUUGAACGGAGAAAGUGCUCAAAUGUCGGAGUGGUGUGUGAGUGGUGUGGGAUGUGGUGGUUAUACUGGACUGUAUCUAAAUGGUUCUCAUCCACGACUUGAGGAUGGAGUGGUGACCCGUGAAGUCGUGGGGACUUACAUAUGGUGGUAUUAUUCCAGCCAGUGUGGCAACUACAGAUCCAACUCCAUCCAAGUCAAAGCCUGUCCAGGAGAUUAUUAUGUCUAUAAACUCGUCAAGCCAGAUGUGUCAAUCAACAUGCCUACAUACUGUGCAGUUGCCUUCAAAAGCAUCAGUAAUGAUCCAUGUUACAACUAUGAGUCUCUGGACCGUCCCUGGAGGGCCAAUAAUGAAAGUGGCUUGUACAUUUGUGAUGAAUCUUUCUCCUGGAAUGGCUGGUACCGGCUUUUCUACAAUGAAAUGAACAUCCAGAUGCCAGAGAGCUGUGUUAGUUCAUCAUACAGCUGUAACACAUACAUGAGUCUGUGGCUCAAUGGCCCUCACCCUCAGAUAGAGGAUGGAGUUGUGACCAGAGAGGUCUGUGGGGCGACUUAUUGGAGUGAAUGCUGUAAUUACAAGACACAACCCAUCAGAGUGAAAGCCUGUCCAGGCAAUUACUAUGUCUAUGAACUUGUGAAACCACAAUACUGGUGUGCGGGAUACUGUACAGAUGUCAGCACUAUUUCACAGACAGCUUCCUCUACAAGUCCAGCUAUGAUUACUGGAUCCAGCAUCACCUUGGGUAGGUUAUCAUAAUAUGACCCAUGCUAUAACUACAACACUCUUGAUAACUACUGGAGAGACACACACAAUUACUGGUAUAUGUAUGGAUAUUUAUCUGGAUAUGACGACACUCGUGUAGAAUGGGAUGGCUGGUAUCGACUCUUCAUUAAUGGAUCAAGUGCUCAGAUGCCUGAGUGGUGUGUGACUUAUAUGUCAUGUGGAGGUUAUAGUGCUCUGUGGCUUGGUGGCUCUCAUCCUCAUAUAGAAGAUGGAGUUGUUACUCGGGAAAUCUACGGCUCAGUUAAUGACCAGUGUAAUAACUACAGAUCCAAACCCAUCCAAGUCAAAGCUUGUCCUGGAAAUUAUUAUGUUUACAAAUUUACCAGACCAAAACUAUCAAUCCCAGCUCCUGUAUAUUGUGCAGUUUCAUACACCAUGCCAGCUGUUGACCCCUGCUACAACUAUACCAGUCUGGAUGAGUCUUGGAGAGCCACUGACAAUCCUUACUAUAAUAACUACUACUACUACAAUAUAAUGUGCGAUUAUAAUGUCAACUGGAAUGGUUGGUACAGGCUCUUCUACAAUGGUCAGAGUAUCCAGAUGCCAGAUUCAUGUGUAAAUUAUGGCAUGUGUGGCACUUAUUACCCGCUGUGGCUCAAUGGCACUCACCCUCAGCUGGAAGAUGGAGUGGUCAGCCGGCAUGUCUGUGGUUCCGAUGGGAAUAAUUGCUGUGGUUACAGAUCUCAUCCCAUACAAGUCAAAGCCUGUCCUGGAAAUUACUAUGUUUAUGAGUUUGUCCGGCCAAUAUACUGCUCAGCUUACUGUGCAGAGGCUAUUCCUGUUGACCCCUGCUCCAACUACACUGUGCUGGAUGAUCCUUGGAGAUCCACCAACAAUCAAUAUAAUCAGUACAUGUGUGACACUUGGGUCAGCUGGAGCGGCUGGUACCGUCUCUUCAUUGAGGGUCAGAGCGUUCAGAUGCCAGACACAUGUGUUGGUCAGUAUAGCUGUGGCACUCAUGCCCCACUGUGGCUAAACGGUCAACACCCAAGAGUUGAGGAUGGAGAGGUCACCCGAAAUGUGUGCGGUCACUGGAACAAUGACUGCUGCUAUUUCCAUUCCAGUCCCAUUAAAGUCAAAGCCUGCCCUGGAAAUUAUUAUGUCUAUGAGUUUGUGACACCAACUAUGCUAGCAACAUUACCCAGACUACUGUGA